AUGGCUGGUGUAGUUUUUGUAAUCUGUAUACCAUCAAGUAAUUAUGAACAUAUACUGAGGUUUGGUAAGCCAAAAGAUAUAAUCGCGAUAGAAGACGCUGUAUCAUUCAAGCAACCUCGUUUAGAAGUUGAGUUGCGAAGUAAGAAAAAUAGAAGUAUACCUGUACAUCUGACGCAGAAUUAUUAUAACGAAGCGUUCAACCCUACAUUAGAAAAUAUUAACGAAAAUGAUGACUUUAUUACAAUGGAAAGCAUUUUACAAGAACUCUUGCGGAAGUUGCAAGUGGAGCAUGUAGUAUGGGUGGGCGACAAAGCCGGAAAUUUCUUCGAAGUGAUGUUUCCGCUGCCUACGGGAGAUCCAUGCGAAACUAUGCUACAUUGCUUGACACAACUUGGAAUUGGAGUUCGAAAUAGAUCCAUUGUAAGUGUUCUUCCAUGUAACGUAGUACAUUCGGCUAUAGAAAAUGAACCACAAGAGGAAGAAACGAUUUUGCGAGAGACGGAACAAGCAAAGCGAUGGCGCAGUUUUGUGGAAUCAAUUAGGUCUAAACUAACUGUGAAACAAGUCGUGGACGGUGUACGGGGUGGCGGCGAGCUCUCGUUCGAUUAUCUUACCCUAAUUAUUACAGCUGACUCCCUUGCGGCCUUGGGCUUGGUGGAAAACAACGCAUCAAACAUCGUAGCAGCGAUGUUAGUGUCUCCACUAAUGGGCCCAGUAAUGUCCAUCACGUUUGGAACGAUAAUAUCAGACAGAACCCUCAUUAGAAAUGGGUUCGAAAGUCUUAUUCUAGGAAUGUUUGUAUCGUUAGUGUUUGGGUUCAUUUUUGGUCUGAUUUUGGGUUCCACUGAAAUGCCAUGGGGUUUUGGAGAUUGGCCAACCGAGGAGAUGAAAUCUAGAGGGAAUGUCCGAUCAUUGUGGAUGGGAGUUCUCUGGGCUUUGACGUCAGGUACUGGUGUGGCACUGGCAUUACUUCAAGGCAUGGCUGGACCACUUAUCGGUAUUGCCAUAUCGGCCUCUUUAUUACCGCCAGUUGUUAAUUGUGGUUUAUAUUGGGCUUUAGCUUGUAUUUGGCUUUUGCAUCCUGGAGUAAAAAUUCCCCAUAUAAAAGGAGAAGCGUAUCAAGGAAAUUCGACAUAUGAACCACUAUACCACGAUUAUCUUCCUAUAGAAUUUGCUGUCAACGGUAUUGUAAGUUGCUGUUUGACAAUAGUCAAUGUGAUUUGUAUAUUCAUUACGGCGAUCAUAUUUCUGAAAAUAAAAGAAGUAGCUGCUCCGUAUACUUCAACUCCCGAUUUGAGGAGAUUUUGGGAAACGGACAUAAGGAUCGCGAGAAAAGCUAAUCGAGCUAAUUUACAACGCGCUGAAGAGGAAGAACGGACUGAAUUAAUGCUAGACGACUUAAAUCAUGGCACGGACGAUACAAUAAAGGAAAAGUUACAAGCUGCUGUCCGAGAAGCUCUAGACGAUGAAACUUACAGAAAAGUAAAAAGGAUGAGCUACCAGAGCCACAAUGCGGAUGAGAUUAUGCAUACGAUUGGUCUACAAUCUAGGACUCCAGUUUCCAUGCGUUCGAGUGUAAGGGCUUCUGCCGCUUCAACACCACCAACUACUUACCCAAAGGAUCAUAAUAUUGACGAAAUCGCUGCAUUGGACAAAUUGUUAACAUCUUUAUUAGGUUUUAAAGAGAAAAGAAGAAGCAAGUCAUUUUGUUCGCAUCGCACAUCUCCAAGGUCCAGCAGAAUGCCAGCCAUUGAUGAGCUAAGGCGCAAUCGGCGAUCAGAAUCAUGGCCAGAUAGAAUAUUCGAGAACACCAUAGUACGCAGCGUUCUUUCUAGUCUCAGAGCUAGCAAGAAGGGUUCCCCUGCCGAAGAACCGUUCUUAACACCUAAAUAGA